GAUCUGACGGAGAUCGACGAAUGUCCUGUCCGUCCCUUCUCUUUUUCCCAAGAUCUGCAUAUUGACCCGUCCGAUCGACUGGUCCUAAUGCUCUUUUCCUGCGCUGAAACUAAUCACACAUUCCCCAAAGAGACACGUCGAAAGGUUGAAAACAGGCUCGUUGAGCAAAAGAAGACUUACCACUUCCAUAUUUUCAGCGGACGACGAGCGUGGCAUACUACGGUGCGGUAUAACGGUACUCAUAUAGAUAAUCCACCGUGGCACUUUGGGUUAACGACUCGGAUUCUGUCCUGGCUUGCCGAAUCCCCUAGUACUGGUGGCCAGACACAAAAACGAAGCGUCGGACUGCAAAUUCAGCAAGCUUAUUCACUCUCAAGCCAAUCGACUCCGCGAGUAUACUUCCUUCCACGUCAAUACAUGUGGGCAUGGGCCUUCAGGUUGUCAGUCCAUCAAAGUGGGACUGAACUUCUGAAUAACUCGAAAACGGGCUGGGAUUCCAAAAGUAGAAGUUAGGAGAGUUGGGAUUACUGCAACUGUACCUACAAAUCUGCAACGAGAAAACGUUAAAAGCACAAUGCAACAACAAUACAAGAAGCGUGUGAAUUCUUGAAAUGGUUGCCCUGCAUUCUCGUAAAUCCUUUCAAAUUCAUCAAGGCCCCAUAUUGUUCCACAUUGUCACACGUCCCUGUAUGCAUAUUUCCCCGAGUCUUGGCGCCCCUAGGUGGCACCAGCUGGCACCGGUAAAGGUACCGUACACCCUGGUUAAACACGGCAAAUUCGGUUGUCAUAAUUGAAUCGGUGCCCCACCAUUUGCGAAUGCAAUGUUGGGGCCACUUGAUUUACUGCAU